AGAGAACAGGAUAAUAGAGCAACAGUCCCCAGGCACCUGUGAAUUGGAAUUGCUGCUUCCACUGAACACGAGGCGGUGCUACUUCCAAGUGAAGGAUACACCCGUAGCCUAACAACAAAGCAGGUUGGCUGAUAGCCAAUAAUGCUGUUCUGUGAUUUUUUUUUUUUACACAACAACGUUGUGGAGUGUCUGCUUUUCAAAGUGAUGAAAAAAAGUAGUUGGAACGUUACAUCGCAGGGCUGGGUGGGUGUGAUAUGUUUCCAGCGGUUUAGGGAUUUUAGAGCGACCACAUAGGCGAAAGUCGCGCACAGCGCGAGACCACACAUGUGACAGGAGCAUACCGUCCAACUUUCCAAACCGCGCGAAAUACGGACCAAAAUGCCGGUUCGGCGGGGACACGUGGCUCCUCAGAACACUUUUCUGGAUACAAUCAUCAGAAAAUUCGAAGGACAGAAUCGCAAGUUCAUCAUCGCAAAUGCUCGUGUGGAAAACUGUGCCAUCAUCUUCUGCAACGACGCCUUCUGUGGCAUGUGCGGGUACACACGCGCUGAGGUCAUGCAGAAGCCGUGUACCUGCAGCUUCCUGUAUGGACCGCACACCAAGAGGCCUGCCGUGGCCCAGUUUGCCAAGGCUCUGCUGGGCUCCAAGGAGAGGAAGGUGGAUAUCUCCCUCUACACCAAAGAUGACUAAUUUGCGUCACGCACACCGGCACUUCAACAAGAAAACAGCGCGGAGCUUCAAACAAACAUCAGGAUUGUUGGCUAUACCUUGAAGAGAUACAAUAAAGAGUCUUUCUCAAAC